UUUCCCACUUUGGUUUCGUCACUGUCACUCACUCACUCUUUCCCUUUUCUCAAGCUAUCUAGGGUUUCUGUUUCUGCACCGUCGGAUUCCGACCAAACAAUUCUACGAUUUCCAUCCAAUGUCAAGGAUCAAGGAGAGAAUACGGAAUCCUCUCACUGCUGGCAAGUAUUCUUUGUGAACGAAUACAUUUUCGAAUAAUUCUUCAACAUAGGUCUGAAAGAGAUAGAUAGAUAGAUAUGGAAGGGAAUUCACUGAUUUUAGCUAGUUCCGCACUGUCGCGUUCCUAUUAUAUCUCACCUACUUUGAAUUUCUUGCCAUCUCUCACUGCUAAUCUUAGACAUAAGAAGAAGAGGAAACCUUUUUUCGUCAAAGCUACUUCAUCUGAUGAUAUUAAUGCCCAGCCUCAGGCUGCAUCAUCUUCUCAUUCCAAAAACCCUUUCUCUCUGAUUCUGGAUGUUCCUCGCACUCUUUGGAAGCAAACUUUGAGACCCUUGAGUGAUUUUGGUUUUGGUAGGAAAAGCGUUUGGGAGGGUGGGGUCGGCUUGUUUCUUGUUUCCGGAGCAUUUAUACUGGCAUUUAGCUUGGCUUGGUUGAGGGGGUUUCAAUUAAGAUCGAAGUUUAACAAAUAUUUGGCCGUCAUUGAGUUUGAUCAGGCUAGUGGCAUUUGCACUGGAACACCUGUUAGGAUUAGAGGGGUCAAUGUUGGGAAUGUGGUUCGCGUCAAUUCCUCACUCAGGAAUAUUGAGGCGGUAGUUGAGAUUGAAGAUGACAAGAUUAUAGUACCACAAAAUUCCUUGAUUGAAGUCAAUCAGUCUGGUCUUCUCAUGGAAACUCUCAUUGAUAUUACACCACGAGAUCCCAUUCCAGAACCUUCAGUUGGCCCUCUUCAUGCAGAUUGUGUUAAAGAGGGCUUAAUUGUAUGUGACAGGCAAAAGAUAAAGGGACGUCAGGGUGUGAGUUUGGACGCAUUGGUUGGAAUAUUUACUCGCAUUGGGCGUGAAGUUGAGGAAAUUGGUGUUGCGAAUGCCUAUUCAUUGACUGAACGGGUUGCCGCCGUCAUUGGAGAGGCACGGCCUCUGCUUUCAAAGAUUGAAGCCAUAGCUGAAGAUAUAGAACCUUUGCUGGCUGAAGUUCGUGACCGUGGGUUGCUGAAGGAAGUUGAACAUUUAACCAAAAGCCUUACACGAGCUUCCGACGAUCUGAGAAGGGUGCAGUCUUCAAUUUUGACUCCAGAAAACACGGAACUAAUUCAGAAGUCUAUUUAUACCCUCAUUUUCACAUUGAAGAACAUUGAGAAUAUAAGCUCUGAUAUAUUGGGAUUUACUGGGGAUGAAGCCACAAGAAAGAACUUGAAAUUGCUCAUUAAGUCUCUCAGCAGGCUACUGUGAAGAAGAUGAAGUUAAGUUGACUGAUUUAUUCUGUUGCUAUUUACUGAGAGCAGGAGGAUUGUAGUAGAUGCAAGUAUGGAGGGUGGGCUUGUAUUUAUUGUGUGCAUUGAAAGCAAUAUUUAUUUCUUGUAUUCAUCAGAAGAAAUCUGCUUAAUAAUAAUAAUAGGUGGACCUUCCUAAUCCAUGUUCUGCAGAACUCAUGCUUGCCAUGGACGAGACUUUAAGAUACCUCUCUUUUGUGGACUCUCAGGAUGGUGGCUUUCAGGAAAUUCGAUGUUGAAGAAAGUUUCUCUCAUCAUUCAAGUGGUGAAUUUGGCAACUUCUUUAGCCUUAGAUGUUGGUAUUGUUUCUAGAAUAAUUUCAUUCAUGUACUUAUUGCUGCUGUACUUGACACAUAUUCAUUCAUCUAUUAAGAAAAGGUCGAUUUUUUCUUC